AUGUUCAAUGCCUUUAAUGUCAUUUGCUGUAACAAUGAUGUGAUCCACAUAAAUUAGGAGGAGGAUAAUACCUGAGGAUGAUCUUUUUAAAAAUAGGGAGUAGAGUAAACAAUCGAAUUUCUCAAACCAUGCCCUAGGAGCUUGCUUGAGUCCAGAAUUCACUCUUUUUAAUUUGUAGAUAUGCGAUGUGGUCGUAAGGGAUCUUCAAAUCCUUUGGGUUGUUGCAUGGACACUUCUUCUUUCAAAUCACCAUGAAGGAACACAUUUAUCACAUCAAGUUGAUGGAGUUUCCAAUUAAACAUAGAUGACAGAGCCAUAACGCAUCGAAUAGUGAGUGCCUUUACAAUUGGACUGAAGGUUUCAUCAUAAUCAAUGUCUUAUUCUUGACUAAACCCCUUGGCCACUAGUCUAGACUUCAACCUUUCAACUAAGCCAUUUGAUCUGACCUUAACUUCGUACACCCAUUUUGAGCUCACAACAUUUUGCCUGGAGGCAAUGGCACUAAUUCCCAGUUGCAUGAAAAGGUGUGUAUGCUUUUGCUCUUGUAAAAGCAUGAAUAUCAGCUGGUUUCCUUCGAGAAAUGGCCAAAGCUGAAGAGAGAGCUAAAUGCAAACUAGGCGAUCGGGCAACUAGUGAUGUUAUAGUGAGGUUGAGGACCAGAGAGGGAACAGAUACUUGGUUCUACUGUCACUCUCACAUUCUUAUUCAAAAGAGCCAGUUCUUUGCGGAUAAGCUUUCCAAUAAGUGCCCAACUCAUCGACUUCUUGACUCCCGUAACUGGGUCGAAGUCUACUAUUCUUUGCCUGACCACAGCGAUUAUGUCAACCUACUUAAGUUGCUUUAUCUCCCCGAUGAAUUGGUUCCCGUAACGUGGAACUGUGUGAAAUCUGCACUUGGAUCUUUCCGGGCCGCCAUUGCUCUUGGUUGUAAAGGAAUCAGCCAGCACUGUGUGAAUUACUUAGAGGCCAUUCCUUGGGAGUCUUACGAGGAGGAAGAAAUACUCCAAGCUCUUCCAAUCCUUGGUGUGGCAGCCAUGCCCAUUUUAGCGAGGCUCGAGCCUGUGGACCCGACUGCUGUUAAAAAUGUCUUUCUCUCCGCCAUCCAUUUUGCCACUUCCACCAACAAGAUGUGCGAUUCUUUCCCUGAUGAUUUGAAGGCUUCAGCUCAGGAACAAGUGGAAUACAUGCUGGUUGAGGAUGAGGAUGCACCAUUGGUGAUAGCAGACAAUAACGUGAAGUGUGAGGUGAGAGAAUGUGUCAUUAAGCUCUUUUCGGUGUUCAAAGCUCAGCUGGCCUUGCUCUUAUCUGAGCCUGAGGGCUCAAUCGAGGGAGUUGAGAAGCAGGUCUUGGAGACCUUAUCAGACCUCGAAUGGAUAUGUUAUAUACUUCCGAAGAUGGAGCUGAUGAAAGAGUUCGUCCAUAACUGGGAUGCCAUUACUGACAAUGUUUUGGGAGUGGUUCAGGACAAGAAGUUCGCAUCAACCAUGUGGGGGGUGAAAUCCAAGCUUGUGGAGGUGACCGGGAAGGUUUUGGAGGCUGUUGGUUAUGGGAAUGUGGUAUCUCCUCCACCCAUUCGGGUGCAUCUAUUGAAAGCGUGGCUUCCAUAUAUAAGGAAGAUGAAGUCUCUAUUGGAUUUGCAGUGUGGGCAUGAGAAGGGUCCUUUUAAGAUGGAUCCUGACCUUUGCCAGAGUAUUGAGGCAGCGAUUGUUUCUUUGGUGUUGGCGUUGCCUUCGAGUGAUCAGGGUGAGAUUUUGGCGGAUUGGUUGGAAGACGAGCAGGUGAGGUUUCCCGAUCUCAGCGAGGCAUUUGAGGUGUGGUGUUACAGAACUAAGGCUGCAAAGAGAAGAUUGGUGGUGGGUGUGGAUGGAGUUGCCAAUUCCACUAUAAGUCAUUGAUGAACCUUUUUAUUUAUUUAUUUUCCCUAUAAUUUCAAUGAAAGAUGUAUCCAUGAUAACACAACAGGCUGGAAUUGGCUUUAGCAUCUUCGUUGCAAUUUAUAUUGCCUCCCUCUCUGAGAGUGAGCACAUUUGGUUUUAAUUUAUUGCAAUGCUCCUACUUUGAUCCGGCA